AUGGGAAAUGUUUUGAGUUUAUUGUCCUGCUUUGGUAGAAGACGGGAAAACGCACUCAACCGCAAUCAGAGAGGAAGUAGAGGUGAGGCCUUGAAUGGAACAGCUAACGCACAGAAAAAAAACACGAACGCCAACAUAAAUAUUUGCAGUGCACGAUUCGUUAACAUCGGUAACGAAAACACGAUCAAUAUACAAGCAAAAGGAGGAAGAUUUGACGCUAUUUCGGUUGUUUAUGCUACUGAAGAACAAGGGAAGCAGACCUCCAUUAACCAAGAACGUCAAGUAAGCUCACCUGCAAAUAAAAACAUCAUAUCCGAUAUGGUUCUUCUCGGGGAAGGAAACAAAAUAUAUGUAUCGAACAUAGAUCAAAUGAUCCUCGUUGACUUGCAAGGAAACGUUACGCAGGUGUUUCCUCUUGUACCUGAAAUCCUUCAACUGCCACUGUGCGGAGUUGAUUCACGCAGUCAAAGACUGUUCGACGUAAUGGUCGAAAUAAUCAAUAUUUUGUAUCCUCUGCGCGACAGAGGGAAAUGGCAAGAAUUUGAAUACGCUUUGGGGAAGUUAAAUUUCAAAUACAAUUUCUAUUCUGAGAUUCAAUGUUUUCUCUUGAUAGAAGAUGGUGUGCGGUUAAUGUAUCAAAAACAACUAGAAAAAGCGAAAAAAUUUGCAAAAGCAGCUGUAAGCAUCAUAGACAAUAGUGAACUCAAUGAAGCGUUGCGAAAUGUUUUAAGAGUUCUUGCAAAUGUUGCUUCGGCAAGCAUAUUUCGACGCCAGCCCAAGAGGAAACUAGGCAAAGCGUUUAAAUGCCUGGAGAAAGCUAAGGAAAGUGCAGUGAAGCUGAAAGGCUUGAAUUUAACCAUACCCAAGUUUUCUCUAGCUAUUCUCACCCAUGAACAAGGGCGCUGUAACAUGGAAUUUGCCAAAAUUAAAUCCAAAGAGUGUAUCCGAGCAGAGGCACAAAGGUUUCUUGGCCUUUCUAUAGACCGGUUCAGAGAUCUAUCGAGUGAAAAUUUGUACUCGGCGAGACAAUGCUUUGCGCUAAUCUAUCUGGCAAGUUUAGCCCUACCUUCAAGUAUGGCCACAUCCCAAGAAGGCAAUCGUCAAAUCAUUCCCAAGAAGGAUUCAUCAAGAGCUCAAAAGCUUCUCUGUGAAUUUGACAGAAGUACCCAGCUUCUCGGUGAAAUUCCGAUUGCUGCAGGAAUAAAACACGCAAUUACAAGAUCGGAACUUUGCUUCCUCAAGAGGAAUUACUCCAAGGCUAGAGAGUAUGGAUGUCAAGCUUUGCAAAUUGCACAGGAAUAUGGAUUCGAGUUAGAAACAGUCCUUGCUCAAAACAAUCUAAACCAAAUCUGUCGAUACUCAGCCUAUCGUAUUUCCAAAACAACAACAUCGAAGCUACAGGAAAAAGCAACCUCUAGUAGCUAUACGUGUAGUUCCACAGAUUCGGAUCAAAGAGCAUCAUAA